UUCAAUGUUUCAGGGCGUCGGCCGGCAUGGGUGGAUCAGUGUGGUUAUGCUUAUGCAUCUUUGUUUUCUGGUUCAAAGCAAAGUCAUUUGUGGAUCUAUCUGCUUUUCUUUUACUUAAAGGUAUUUACUUCACUUUUGGUGCAACAAUGUUCGUUAGCCAGGCUAGAUAUCACUACCACCACCAUAAAAAACACAAGCGUCGUCAUGAAUCUCAAAUUUCAAUACCUCCUUCACCUCCACCUGAGGCUUCCGGCCCUUCUCCUGAUCAAAAUUGGUCCGGUGUUUAUGAUGUAAGAAUGUUUGGUGCUGCUGGUGAUGGCGAAACUGAUGACACCGAAGCAUUCAAGUCAGCAUGGGACACCGCCUGCCAAGUUGAGUCUGCAGUCCUCCUUGUUCCCUCUGGCUACUCUUUCAUGAUUCAGUCCACAAUUUUCACCGGUCCCUGUCAGGGAGGUUUUGUUUUCCAGGAUGAUGGAACAAUUAUGCCGCCUGAUGGACCCGACUCCUGGCCAAAGAACUAUAGCAGGCGCCAAUGGCUGGCUUUCUAUAGAGUGAAUGAAAUGGCACUGCAAGGCGGAGGUUUAAUUGACGGUAGGGGUGAGCAAUGGUGGAAUCUUCCUUGCAAACCUCACAAGGGAGCCAACAAAACGGCUUUGACAACACCGUGUGAUAGUCCAAUUGCCAUACGAUUCUUCAUGAGCAACAACCUGACAGUCCAAGGAAUAAAAAUCAGAAACAGCCCUCAAUUCCACUUCAGAUUCGACAACUGCAGGGACGUCUAUAUAGAAUCAAUUCGCAUAAGUGCUCCAGCCUUGAGUCCCAACACCGACGGUAUUCACAUAGAGAACACAAACGACGUCGGAAUAUAUAAUUCCAUAAUCUCCAAUGGCGAUGACUGCGUCUCAAUAGGAUCAGGUUGUUAUGAUGUAGACAUUAAGAAUGUCACUUGUGGACCAAGCCAUGGAAUCAGCAUAGGGAGCUUAGGCAAUCACAAUUCAAGUGCCUGUGCAUCCAAUAUCACGGUUAGGGACUGUAUGAUAAAGAAUUCAGAUAAUGGAGUUAGGAUCAAGACAUGGCAAGGAGGUUCUGGAGCUGUAUCAGGUGUUACAUUUGAAAACAUUCACAUGGACAACGUUAGGAACCCAAUCAUAAUCGAUCAAUUCUACUGCCUGAGCAAAACUUGCACCAAUCACACCUCGGCUGUAUAUUUAUCUGACAUUCAGUACACAAGCAUAAAGGGAACAUAUGAUAUCAGAAGUCCUCCAAUGCAUUUUGCUUGUAGUGAUUCGGUUCCAUGCACAAAUAUUACACUUUCAGAUGUAGAGCUCCUUCCGGCCAAAGGAGACGUAGUGUUGGAUCCAAUUUGUUGGAACGCAUAUGGUGAACUACAGACACUAAGUAUUCCUCCGGUUUCAUGCUUGUUGGAGGGCAUUCCUCGAUCUAUCUUAGAAACUGAUGCAGGCUUCUGCCGAUUGAACUAGGCUGUGUUCCUCUGCCAAAUAUUUGUACAUAAUAAUUACUGAUGUUUGGUGGUAUGGAAUAUCAAACUGUAACGUGAUUGAAGAGGGACAUAUUAUAAAUCCCACUGCAUCAUUUAAUCUUUAGUGCUAUCGCUUUUGAGUUGAUUAGGUUCUUCAUUUUGCCAUUUCUGCAACUUAUGUGUUUCACUCGACACGUUCUUGGAUUUGAGUGAUGGUUAAUAAAUAUCAAGUUGAUGACAAAAUACCUCGUCGCUGAUUUUCUUGCUUUAUUUUAUGUUUUGAUUCAAUGUAUUAGAAUUGGGUUGUCACCUCCCAAAUACUUGUUGAGUAUUUGAUUGGAAAUACUGU